AUGUCCGCUGACCGGGAGCCACCGAAUCAACAGGCUACUGUAAAGACGUCUUCUACAACGUCAACAGCUGCUCCUCCUGGUGCAUCCGCACAGGACGGUCACGGAGCUUCACCCUCUCGAUCCCGCCCUGCCUCACCGGCCUCUCCUGCUUUAUCGAACACUUCAACUAUUGACGGCGAAGAGGAGAUCGAAUCCUCCCCCGUCCUUGUUACUCUUCAAGCUCCUCGACUCCCAGAAAGAGCUCUACAAUUUUUGAGGACACCACCUCCCGAGACCACACAAUUCGGCACUGCUAGCUGGGGCUCUCCUUAUCCCGAAUCGGAUAGCAACCUUCGUCGUCGGAGCGUGAGCAGCGAAGGCUCAGACGAUUCUCCAAUUCAUCAUCUGGACAUCGAGACCCCCUUUCUCCGUCCAAUUCCUGAUUUGUUACGGUCGCAGUCAGAUCCACAGGGCUCUUCGCUGAGUGCCGCCGCCGCCGUUCUUGCAAACCGUGCUCGUCGACCGACCCGUGGACUUACUGAAGAUUGGAUCCGCACUCACACCACCGAGGAUCCCAACGACGAGAGUCGACAUUGGUUCAGUGACGGAAGUGGAAGCGAGCACUCUUCAUUGAGCGGCUCCGAACCUGGUUGGCUGGAAGAGGGUGAAAUUCGCACUCCACGAGCCACACGAAGAACAAGAGACGUGUCUCGAGAAGGAUCUGUGCACCAACCUCGGGCCAGAUCUAGUAUCGAGACUCUCAGACCAGGGGAUUCCCUAAGUCCCAAAACGGGACAAAACAGCAGUAUGGCGACCUCCGAAGCCGCACCAGCAACGCAUGAUGCGGCGAGCGACAGGUCUGAGGCCGCCCCCACCUCGGAAGUACCUGUCGCAGAAAGUAUAGAUAAGCGUAUCCCCAACGGCACUGCCAAUGGGGAACCUGCGCUACCCGCAACGCCGAAGAAGGGUAUACAGAAGCCACUUCCCAAGGAGCCUGCACCAACACCUCGAUUGAAGAAGAAGGUACCAUGGAGAGGCAAGAACAUCAUGGUUCUUAUUCCACGGGAUAAUGGACGAGGAAAACCUGGCAAUGCGCCUAUGCCUCUUCGCCAGGAUGAGAUAGAACGGAUGUUCGCGUCUUGGGGAGAGCUCGGAUACGAUAUUUCAGGGUUUGACUUGGAAGUCGAAGGCUACCAAGUAGAAGGCACAGCUGAUUCUCAAACUCGAGAGACUUGGCCAGAUUUUGAUGAAGUGGUUAAAGAGAGGGAACAGCGUAGUUUCAAGGUCACCCUUCCUGAUUUGGAUGGCUGGAAAAAGUACGAGGCAGAUCUUCAAGAGGCCAAACUACGGGCACUCGGUGUAUCUUUUGGCGAUGAUGAGCCUGAGCCCUCACCUGCUACGACAGAUCUCAGUCGCCAACCGUCAGCUCAAUACCCUCCGCUGCCCUUCUCCCCCCCUCUGCCAACAUCGUCAGCCUCCAGCAACCAUGGCAUACCUGGAUUUCAGCCUGGCCAUUUCACACGACCAUCCACAAAUAGCCCCGGCCUAUCACAUGGCGCUUCGCCACUUUCCUUUGGCGGUAUGCCCGGCAAGUUCAAUCCCAGGCAAUCUAUAUCGUUUCCUGCCAACAGCUCGCCUUUUGGUUUCCAACAGCCCCCACCAGGGUGGCCUGGCCUCAACCGCCAUGAUUCACCUUCUCUCAUGGGCAUGAUGUCUCCCCAUUCGCCUUAUGGAGGACCAGAGAGCCCCGGCAUGAAUCUUCACCAACGUCACCAGUCUUUGCAAUAUCCCAUGAUGCCUCACCAGCAGUUCUCGUACUUGCAGCCUGCUCGCAACUCUCCUCGCCUGCAAGAAGUCCGAGAAGACGAGGAAGAAGCCCCUAGCAAGAGUCCAUCGAUGACACCUGAGCCUUCCCAACAACAGAACACCGACACUCUGCAAGCCGAGAUCGACGAUGCAGAAUAUCACUUGGAAGAGCAGCUUCGUAAUGAGUUGGAACAUGAGGAUUAUAACCCACAGCCUCAAAAUGAGCAGCCCACAACCUACCCGGAUCCCUUUGUGCCUGCUCAAAGCCACCAGCCUUCUACUCAAUUCCCCGUCCAGGAACGUUUUGCCAAUGAGCAGUCCAAACCUCUUGUACUGCACCAUCCUCGACCUCAUAGCCGUGGCCAUUCACUAUCUCAGGGUUACUUCCGCGACCACAAUGAGAACAGCGUCACUGCCGAUGAGAGCAACCUCACCAAAUUUAGCAGCCUCAACGAAAUCCCCGAAUCCCGUAAAACCGAUGAGGCUUAUGAGAUUGAGACCAACCCCAGUAAUCUUGGUACGCCCGUCCAGGAGAUCGAUUUCCCUGGAUUUGGCCACCAGAAGAACUUCUCUACGACUAGUAACCCCUGGAAUGACUCUGGCUCCGCCAGUAGUGGUAACAAGAUGGAUCGACGAUCCAGUCAUGUCAGCAAACCCUCGCUGUCCAAACUUAAUGUGCAGGCACCGGAGUUCAAGUUCAACCCUACAAGUUCUUUUACCCCUGGCCAAUUCGACUUUGGUAGCAAGAGUGGCUCUUUCCAACCGGGCGCUAGUAGUUUUGAACCUACCGCUAAUACUUUCGAACCAACAGCCAGUGCAUUCCAGCCUGGCGUAGGAAGUUUCCAACCUGGUGCGAACAGCUUUCAGCCAGGUGCGAGCACCUUCCAGCCCGUCGCAAGUACUUUCACGCCUAGUGCCAGCACCUUCGAGCCAUGUAAUUUUCAGACAGCCAACUUUGAACCAGCUGGUUUCCAGCCUUCUGUGUUCCAAGCCGACACCGGCUUUUCUGGUGCAAACAUGUUUAGCUCUCCACCUUCGAAACAACCUUCCCACGUUACGCCGGCCAAGAUUAAUGUUAAUGCGCCGUCUUUCUCACCAGGCGAGAGUGCUUUCAGUUUCUCUACUACGGGUCCGAAGUUCAAUGUUGCUGCACCCACAUUCACACCCAACUCUGAUUCUUUCACUAGCCCGGCGAGUCAGGGCAAACAUGGUAGCAUCUUCGGAAGCAUUGACCUCAGCUCUAAUGAACUGCAAUCGAACAAGAAGUCGAAGGCAGUACCAAUCAUUAGACCAUCCAGUCGAUUGUCUGCUAAAUCGGAGGAGCUCGAGGAUCAAUACGACGCUGAUGGCCGGCCAAUUGCUGAUGAGAAUAGAUUCAAGCGAGCACGCAGUUCUGCGCCUGAUGGCGAUGAUGUGCCGUUGUUUGCAGAGCAGCCUAGCGAACAAGCUGUUUCGCCCCAAGAAAUUCAACAAGCCGCACAGGAUGAGCAUCUGCCUGCCGACACAUCCAUGUCUUCUAUGCUCACUUCUGAUCAAGUCGAUACCAAGGCUACCACCGCUGCUCCAUCCGCGGCUCCUUCUGUUGCCUCCGCUACUGAGAACAGCUGGAAGCCUUUUGAGUUCGAAUCCAAUCAGGAUAUGCAAAGCUUCAAUGACGCCCGCCCCUUUGGCGAAGAAGACUUCAGGCAUAGUCAUGAGAAGCCGUUGUCCGCCAAUGCCGAAGCCUUCAAGCCGGGCACGAGUUCCUAUGGGGAAGCCACGCAGACUGAGCCAGAAGAUGAGGUGUCUGACGUUUCUCCGGAGGCUAGUCCCGUACCUGCCCGCGCUACUUCUGGUAUUGGUGCUUCGCGAUUCAAUACCAACCAGCCUCCCCCAAGAACAUCGUCGAAGGGACUUGGCGCUUCUCGUUUCGCCGAUCCUGUCAAGCCGGCUAAGGGCCUGGCUGCCUCCAGAUUCGCUAAGAGCCCUACCCCUGAGGAGAAGCCUCUCCCUCCUGUGCCUGUCGAGGAUGACAUUGUUGAAUCGGUUGAAGAGGAAGAGAUGCCCCAGCUUUCAGCUACUGCGCUGCCUCCUGGUGGUCGCGGCAGUAACGAGCCCACCUUUGAAGAAAUCGAUGCUGUCAUGGAUCAAUUCUUUGACAACCCCACCAUGGGGGUCAACAAAUCUCAUGAAUCUGGUCAGUGGCAGCAGAGUAGCCCUGUUCGUAAUUUGUCAGCUAUUGCCAACUCCUCACCCUACAAAUUGGAGCCUGCAGGCGAUGACUAUGCCGGUGAUAAGGCCAGUUUGACUCCCCGAGAGUACCAUGCCCUUUCAGGAAGCUCUGCCCAGCCCAUGCCCAGCACGGAGAUUGAAGAUCCCUUCCUUGACCCACCCAUGGUCAACACCGGUGAUGCUGGCGAUGGAGAGAGCCUGCCAGCUAGCGACUGGGAGGGUGCUUUUACCGAAGAUGAGCAUGAUAAGUUGGAAAACCGCGCGCAGUUUUUCGACGGCCGUGUCAACCAAGUCGUCGGCAAUCUGUUGGCGUCUCGUCUUGAACCCAUGGAAAAGACGCUUUUCUCUAUCCAACAAGUCCUGGCAACCCGUGCUCGUGGCACACCUUCGUCCCGUCGGGAUAUGCGCAGCAUUUCUGUGGAACUUCAACAAAGUGACGCCGACGACGAGGAUGAGGAGCCUAUUUUCCGUCGAUCUAUGAGCCCUCGCAGGGACCGCCGCCUCGACCAGAUCCGAAUUGCGGUUAUGGAAGGUCUGCAGGCCCAGCAGCGCAGCACCCUAGAGGCUUCGCCAGCCCCUGUUUCUGCACAGGCUACUGCAGACACCAUCCCUGCGGCUAUUCUCGAAGCACUAGCGGAACUCAAGCAGCAGUCUCGCAACAACACUAGCCGCGAUGAUGUCCUCAAGAAGAUGAUCCAGGAGGCUGUUCAAGCUAGUGUACCUGCUGCUAAAUCUGAAGAAGCAGAAAACUCAAAAAUUACUGAACUUCAGAAUAAGAUCACCGAUCUCGAACAGCGUCUUUAUUUUGAGCAGACCAAGGUCGAAAGCGAAGUUUCUGAGCGACGUGCCGCCGAAGAUAUGGCAGCCGAGCUUGUGCGGAAACUUCAAACAGCCGAAACCCGCAUUGAGGUUGAAAUCAUCAACCGUAGUGUUUUCGAUCAGCGUGUGGUUGACCUUGAGGAGAGACUUCGAGGAGCCGAAGAACUCAGCGAGGAAUCGACUCUUGCUCGUCGAGCUGCCGAGGACAAACUUACCGAAUCCCGCGUUCACCAAGAGACCGCUGCUGAAGAGGUGGUUCGUCUUCGUGAACUUGUUGAGCAGAGGGAUCACAAGCUGCGUUCUCUGGAGCAAGCGAACAGUAAGACUUCUAUGCGUAUCGCUCUUCUAGAGGCUGCUCAGAACAACGCUAUCCAGACUCAGCACGAGGCUAUUGGCAAGUGUAAGGGCAUGGAAGUCGAGCUCAAGGAUGUUCGCCAGGACAACCACCACUGGCGUGCCGAAGCUGAGCGUUACGACGAGUCUGCUCGACAGAAGGGUGCUGAGUUGAACCGUGCACUAGAGGACAACCAGCACAUGCAGAAGUCUCUGGCCACUCUCACUAUCCAGCUGGAGGAGAAUGAACGCAUCCGCGAAUCUUGGCGCAGCAAGUUUGUCUCUCUUCAAGAGGACAUGGGCAGGGCUGCUCGUGAGAUUGCUGAAGAAAAUGCUCGUCGCAUCAAGAAGGACCAGGCUAUGCUUGCCAGACAAGAGGUCUUGGAUGCUCGACUUCAAGCCGAGGCUAAGACUCGCGAGCGUCUGGAGAUCGAGAUGGACCGCCUGCAAUCAAACGAACGAUCCGGUAUGCGUGCCAACAACGAAUGCGCGCGCCUGGAAGGCAUCAUUGGUGAGCUGAAGACCGAGAAUUACAAGCUUGAGCAGAAGGCUAUGCGUUACCAACGUGAGUUUGAGGAGGCCCGUGAAUCCGGCCUUAGUGAAGUCAAGAGAACUCGAAUGUCUCUGCAAACCGAGAUCGACGCCGCCAACAACCAAGUCAACUACAUCCGCGAGGAGCUUGAAGAACAGAACUCCAAGCUUCGUGCCGAGCUUGACAAUGUCAGACUUGAGGUCGACACUGCCAAGGCUCAGAAUGAGAUGCUUCUUGAGGAGGCUGAGAACACCAAGACGGUUGAGCUCCAGGAACUCACUCGCAAGCACCAGAACGAGAUAGAGGAUCUGCAAACCAGAUACGAGCGACGAGUUCACAAUGCCCAAGAGGAUGCCCACAAGGCUGAGCAACACCUUCUUGAACGUCUCAGUUUGUCAGCCUCCAAGACCGAGCACCUUCAAGAUCGCAUUCUCCACCUUGAAGACAAGCUUGAGAUUGCAAAGCAAGCCGCCGCCGCCGCCGCACAAGCUGCCAAGUCUGCAGGAGUCGAUGUGAACGUUCAUGUACCCCAACCGAGAAGGGCCACUCGUGAUCUCGACCCGCCCGAAAGAAUUUCUCCACAGGCUCUUCGUGAAUCUAUCAUGGUCCUCCAAGAGCAACUACAGGCUCGAGAGCAGCGCAUUGAGGAGCUAGAGCAGUCGUUAUCCAAGACUGAUCCUGAAGCCAGCACCAAGAUCACUAAGCGUGAUGACGAAAUCACUUGGUUGCGGGAGCUUCUUGCCGUCAGACACGAGAACUUGCAAGACAUUAUCGCAGCCCUUCAAAGUGACUCUUUUGAUCGCGACGCAGUGAAGGACGCCGCGAUCAGACUCAAGGCAAACCUCCAGAUGGAAGAACAGGAGCGAGAGAGGGCCAUGAACGGUGGCUCUGCGAUCAACCUACCCAACAUUGCCCAAACAAUCCAGAAUGCUACGCCUCGAGUGGCACAAACUAUUGGGCCCCUGGCGGCUGCUUGGGGCAACUGGCGAAAGGGUAACCGCAGCCAGCCCUCGCUCAGCAGCCUUUCCGGCGUCCUAAGUUCUCCCGCCCCUGGACGAAGAGCCCCUCCCUCGCGCAGUAACUCGACUUCCAAGAACAAGCCCCAGGGUGGCCUCAUGACACCUCCCGCUUCUAGCACACGACAAGCACCGCCGGUUGAUAACAAGCCCCAGCCUACCGCGUUUGCCAGUACUGGACGUCGCUUUCCAUCGCAAAGCCAUGCUCCUGGACGAGCACGAGGAGUUUCAAAUACGUCAUACAGAGCGGAACAAGCCCUCGUCACGCCGCCGCCUGUCGAAUCAGAGGAUGAGCCUAUGACUCCUCCAAUGAUGCGAACAAGUGGAUAUGAUUCGGAUGCACAGCCCGGGGAUUUUGAUGAUAAUGAUUUCUUCGAGGACUAG